GUGACGGAGAGGCAGAGGAAUGGGUGGAGGAAUGGCUACAGAGAGGGAUAGGACUCUCAGACCAGACAUACAAAGCGCUAUUUCACGCAAUUGAGGGGUACUUAAGGGGCGCUCAAAACACUGUAUUUAUAGUAACGAUAUUUGAGUUGACGUUUGGUUUGCGAUACAAAAGUUGAGACCUAUUUGUGACUCCAAUUUGUAGACAAUAUUACAGUCGACUCAUUACUAUUGAAUCGUUUGGUUUAUUUGAUCCGAAGAUCCCAAAGCACGUGAACUACUGUAGUGUUACCACCAAUGGCUGAAACUAAGACUUUUACUUUGGAGGAAGUGUCCAAACAUAAUGAAAAGAAAUCCGUUUGGCUUCUGAUCCACGACGGGGUCUACGAUGUGACCAAAUUCCUCGAAGAGCAUCCGGGAGGCGAAGAGGUUCUCAUAGAACAGGCCGGAAGAGACGCCACCGAAUCCUUCGAAGAUGUCGGACAUUCUUCCGACGCCAGGGAUCUGAUGAAACAAUACAAGAUCGGAGAACUCUGUGAGGUAUGAC